AUGCUCUUACCACCCCAGCAUUAUAAGACUACAUGCUCUUACCACCCAGUAUUAUUUAGACUUCAUGCUCUUAGCUUCCCAGCAUCAAUAGAAUCCAUGCCCUUAACAUGCCCUAGCAACAUUAAGACAACAUGCGCUUACCACCCCAGCAUCAAUUUAGACUACAUGCUCUUAACACCCAAGUAUCAUUUAGACUACAUGCUCUUACCACCCCAGCAUCAAUUAGACUACAUGCUCUUACCACCCCAGCAUUAUAAGACUACAUGCUCUUACCACCCCAGCAUCAAUUUAGACUACAUGCUCUUAACACCCAAGUAUCAUUUAGACUACAUGCUCUUAACACCCCAGCAUCAAUUAGGCUUCAUGCUCUUAACACCCCAGCAUCAUUUAGACUACAUGCUCUUAACACCCCAGCAUCAUUUAGACUACAUGCUCUUAACACCCUAG